AUGUCAUCUUUACCAAAUCCAAAUCCAAAUCAUUUAACUCCAAAUUUUAAUAGAAGAGGUCAUAGACAUAAACGAUCUCAAGCAAUGUCAGGAGAUUUUGAUGCAAUAGGUUUAGGAUUAUUCAAUUCACCUUCACAUUUGACUACUAAUAACACCACUCAUGUUUCUUCAUUUUCUUCUUCCUCACCGCCUCCACCACCACCAAUAUUUUCCAUGCUGGAUGAUUUAGAUAAACAUUAUCAAUUUAAUAAUACUGAAGAUUUUGCCAAUAAUCCUAAUCAAGGCUUUGCUUUUCCUAAUAUUACUAAAAGUUCAGGUAAACUCGAAUCAUAUUCAUCUUCUGCACCUUCAAGUGGUAAAUUCAAUCAACAUAUGCCAUCAAACUCAUUAAACUCUCCUAUCAGACUACAUCAGAAACGAGGAUUCCAAAAUAAUAGUUACCACCACCACCACAACAACAACAACAACAACCCUAAUCAACCCAAGUUUUUCUUAACUAAUGAAACAACAGUAAAUAAAGAUAAUGUUCCAGAAGCAUUAAUAGAUUUGGACGAUAUAUUUAAGGCUAACUUACACAUUGGUGAUAACAAUAAUACUGGCAGCAAUAGUGGUUCAAUACCUAAAACUACACAUUUCCAUAAACGUACAGAACUGGCCCCAGCAAAUUUCUAUUAUGAUGAUUUCUUGGGGUCUCCUUUCAUUAAAGAAAAUGCCAUUGAAGAAGAAGAAGAAAGAUUAGAGGUGAGUUUUGAAGAUAAUGAGGAAGAAGAAGAAGACGAAGAGGAAAUAGAAGAUUUACGUCUUCAUAUUAAUGAUGGAUCAGAUGAAGCAUUACCACCACCUUCAUUUUAUCAAUCAGCUUCUGCUAAUUCAUCAAAUUCAAGUUUAAAAACGAAAACUAUUGAGAAAACCCUUUCCAACUCAUCAUCAAGCUCAUUGUUUGCAACACCAAGAUCAGGAGCCAAAGCAAGUAGAUAUAAAAAUAUUUAUGAUCAAUCAAAAAUUAUAUCAAACGCAAUGAAAAUUUCAUCAGAAAAUGUUAGUGGCAUUGAACGAACCGUGACUCCUCCAUUGAAUCGCAACAAUAACAAUAACAAUAACAAUAGCAACAAAUAUCUUAACCAUUCUUCUUCUUUGCCCUCUUUAAAGGGGAAAAGAUCAUUCUCAUAUGUCCCUCAAUUACGAUAUGGUGAUAGCAAAAGAGUUGCAUCUCCUAAAACUAAUAUCACUAUAGAUACUCCACCUACACCACCAACGACAACGGCAACGGCAACGGCAACGGCAACGACAGUGCCAACAUCGGUUUCAGCUGUUACAGUCCCUUCUUCAAUAGGAUUAUCGGGAUCACCAUCAUCCAAAUCACCGGAAACUCAAUUCAUUUUGGAAUUACCUUCAGCUUCAACCCCAUCUACAUCAGCAACAACUUUGAGUACUUCUAGUAAUUCAGAAUUAAAGAAGAAUAGAAAUAGUCCCGUAAGUGUCAAUUCAGAAGCUUUAGAUUCAAACACAACUUCGAGUAGUACAAACUCGACAAUGGACACUACAGCAUCACCAAAUUUUACAGCAGAUAUUACAGCCAAUACCACUACACCUGCUAUUGUUGUUACCAAUGAGCAAACUCACCUUAAUAAGGAUCCAUUGUAUAUCAACACAAAUGUUAGUAGUGACAAUACUACGAUUGAAAAAAGUGCAUCCACGAUAACAGCAUCAUCAGGGAACUCGACGCCAAUGGUAGAUGCAUGUAUAUCACCUACAGCUGUUGUGUUUUCCACAUCAGAAGAUUUCGAAAGAAAAGGAUCUGUCCCACAAUCACCAAUUAGACCACAAUCACCUGCAGAAACAAGAAUUCUCAAUGAGACGAGGAUCCCUGUUUUCAAAAGAAAGAGUGGAUCAAAGCCAUCAGUGGCAUCAGCCCCUGCACCAGCAACAACAUCAUCUACUUCUUCAUUUUCAUCAUCUUCUUCUUCUACACCAGAAGUUGGUCCCGCUACUUCUCCAACAAAACCACAAGCACCACCACAAUACAUGAAUAAACAUGAUUUCAUGCAUAGAAGUUUAUUUCGAAGAAGAGGAUCAAAUGCAACCGAUACAUCAUCAGUAAGUUCAGUGUCUUCAAGAUUGAAACGAACUUCAAGAAUAUUCAAUUGGAUAAGAAACAAAUAA